UUCUGCAAGGUUGAAGUGAUAGUCAUUUGGAACGAGCCCUAUUCUACUGUAUCAUUGCUUUCGCUCAAGUUUUAUUUUUUUAACAAGCUUAUUUGCAGUUUUUGAAUUCUCAUCAAAGAUGGCAGCCGUUGGACGAAUGAAUGUAAUCCGCCUUGACCAAGAGAACGAGAAUUUACUCGCUGGGAAAGCCAAAAUUUCCAAGAACACGAGACCUCGUGCAGCUCUGGGUGACUUGGGAAACAAACCAACAGCACUCACGAGCAAGACCGCUGCGAACCUUGCCGUUGGCGCUAAACCCAAAAGAACUUUACACAGAACCGAAGGAACAAGUGGUUUACUCUCGAAGCAAGCAAAAGACAAUGAAACUAAACAACAGAAAAAGACGAUUGAUAUGGGUGUUGUCAGUGAAGCGCUAGAGUCUUGUAUGUUCGCAACGAAACCUUCAGAUGUGAUAGAUAUCGAUAAGGAUGACCACUCGAAUCCACAACUCUGCGCUGAAUACGCUCAAGAAAUCUACCAGUACAUGCAUCAAUUGGAGCGUAAAUUCCACGUCAACCCAAGAUAUAUGAGCCAGAGGUCAAUAGUAACCGAUAAAAUGCGAGCCAUCCUCGUUGACUGGCUUAUCCAGGUUCACAAUCGCUUCCGCCUGUUGCAAGAAACUCUUUACAUCACUGUCUCCAUCUUGGACAGAUUUUUGUCGAUCUAUGAUCCCACAAAGGAAGAACUUCAAUUAAUUGGUGUUAGUGCUAUGCUUCUGGCCUGCAAGUACGAGGAGAUGUACUGUCCAGAGAUUAGCGACUUUGUUUAUAUCACAGAUAACACAUACAAAAAGGGUCAGAUAAGGAAAAUGGAGGGUGUUAUUUUCAAGCAACUUGAGUUCAGUGUUGGGAAGCCUCUAUGUCUUCAUUUCUUGCGAAGAAACUCCAAAGCUGGGGAGGUUGAUGGAGUAAAACACACCAUGGCAAAAUAUUUUAUGGAGCUUUCCCUUGUGGACUACGGCUGCAUGAAAUUUCUUCCAUCUGAGAUUGCAGCAGCUGCAUUGUACAUUGCAAUGAAAGCCGAUGAUGGAUCAGAGUGGACACCCACUUGUGAAUAUUACAGCAUGUACUCAGAAAGUAAACUGCUGCCUUGUGCCAGAAGACUUGCCUCUCUCAUCACCAAGACUCUUGAUGGAAGUGCCAGGCUAAAGGCGGUUUACAACAAAUAUUCAACCUCCAAGUUCAUGGAAAUCAGUAAACGGCCAUGUCUAACAUCCUCUUUUGUCACAAACCUUGCAGCUGAAGACUUGCAGCAAUAGAUUAUUAUUAGUGUUUAUAAAUUAAUAUAACUAUAUUACUCGUAUUAUUACUUCAAUGAAUUAUUUGGCUACAUGAAGACAAGCAUCAAAAUUUGAAUAUAGUUUACUUGCAGAGUUGUAGUGAAAAUACCACUGAUCAAUUGUUUAGUGUAAUCUACAGCUUUUUGUGAAGUUUGCUCUCAUCUCCAGACAUUUUGCAAUUUUCAUUUGAUCUGUUUAAGACAGGUUAAAUACAAGGCAAUGGUGGAUAACAAUCUUUCUAGCCAACUGUAAAUAUCUAUUUCUCUAGGCCCUCUAGAAUAGAGGUGUUGAAUGGACACAAGACUCGGAAGAAAGUGAAUCUGAUUGAAUGUCAAAACUUGACCAUCAAAAGUUUCAGAAAAUGCACUUCUGGAAACAUUGAAAUGAUGUACAUGUUCUUCAUUAUUUUUAUGAUUUGUUAGAUUUAUCAUUGUUAUUGUAGAGUUUCAGAUUUUCAUUUCAGAACAGGUUAUAAAUUUUGUAAAUAUUGUAAAAGUUAGCUUCAUUUAUUUCUUAA